CUCAAAGAGCGCGCGUUCGUACGUACAUGAGAACCUCUGUCAUUCACGCAUACACAUCCGGAGGAGGACACCGUAGAUUAGCUGCUUUUUACACCGACGAUGGGACCACUUUCCGCGGUUCCUUCUGGAGUAUUCACCCGUGGGUGUCGGUGACGGUGGAACGCAAGAUGCUCUUCUGAAAUAUUUUCCUUCUACCUCUGUACAUCCUGCGCCAUCUUUUACAGCGAACUUAUCCACAUCAGCGCCAAGUCCAAGCCCACCAAGUCCAGGAAAGAAGUGCACCUUCCAAAACAACUGUCAUAUGAAAGUGCAAUAGAUGCUUCUGCAUCAGUGAAGACAAGGUUAUAGGUCAAGGUACAAUACUUCGCUAGGCCAAUUCUGAUGCCGAUGACCUCCUUUUGAAGCCCUCGUCGUCUUGUCCUUCCUCUCCUCCCAUUUCCUUUUGUGCAUCUUUGACCCCACUGAGCAUUCCUUAUUUUUCCGGAGAGCUGGAGCUGGCAGCAUCUGAAGCAGGACUGCCAGCUAGUGCGCAGAGAAGUUCCUAGAAGUAGAUAAGAGAACAUGCAAGAUGCCAGAGACUAACUUCACUGCAUUACCAUGAGCUGAAGAAGGCUCCUACUUUUUUUUUUUUUUUUUUUUUUAAUCCUGUAAUAGCAGCAUUUUUAUACUGCUCACGGCCAUGCCAGCCAAAGGGAAAUAUUUGUUGAACGACCAGGAGCUAAAGAAUGAGGCACUGUACCGCAAGUUCUCCUGCAUCAGCCAGUACCAGCCUCUGGUGCUCCUGCUGGGCCUUUCCAUGAUCUCCUGUGGUGUCCUCCUGGUCCUUUUCUUUGCCCUCGGACUGCGCGCUGAGGAGCACUGUGCCUUUGUGAGCAUGGUGAGCGGCGGUCUGUGCGUCUUCUUGGCGGUCUUCGUGCUGGUGUGCGCUGAAAUGCUUUCCCAACGUUGGCGCCGUCCGUUGGGCCUGCUCGUGUGGGCGACGCACCUCGCCAUGGGCUUCACGUUUAUCUUCAGCGGGCCUGUCGUCCUACCGUGGGACCAGGUGGCUUAUUUUCUGUUCAUCAUCUUCACCGUUUACACCAUGCUGCCGUUCCCUUUGUGGUAUGCGGUGGGGUUGAGUGUGGCCUCAUCGUUAUCCCACAUUAUGGCACUGACGCUGCGCCUCACCGUGUACAGUGACAGGCCCACGCCAUACCUGGCUAACCAGCUGCUCUCCAACGCGGUGGUGUUCUUGUGCGGCAGUGUAGUGGGAGCCUUCCACAAGGUUCUCAUGGAGAAAACCCUGAGGCAGACCUUUCAGGACACGCUUCGAUGCCUCAGCAUGCGCAUGAAGCUGGAGAUAGAGAAGAGACAACAGGAGAACCUGCUGCAGUCUGUGCUGCCAGUUUACAUUUCCAUGAAGAUGAAGUUGGCCAUCAUGGAGCGCCUGCAGGACUGCAAAGACAAGGAGGAGCAACAACGGCUAGUCAAGGAUAACAACUUCCACAGCCUCUAUGUCAAACGCCACGAAAACGUCAGUAUUCUCUACGCCGACAUCGUUGGCUUCACUCGAUUGGCGAGCGACUGUUCCCCCAAGGAGCUUGUCGUCAUGCUCAACGAGCUGUUCGGAAAGUUUGACCAAAUUGCCAAGGAAAAUGAGUGCAUGAGGAUCAAGAUUCUGGGCGACUGCUAUUACUGUGUUUCGGGCCUUCCGGUCUCUUUGCCGAAACAUGCUAAGAAUUGUGUUAAAAUGGGGCUGGACAUGUGUGAAGCCAUCAAGCAGGUACGAGAGGCCACCGGCGUGGACAUUAGCAUGAGAGUGGGCGUGCAUUCAGGCAACGUGCUGUGCGGCGUGAUCGGCCUGCGCAAAUGGCAGUUUGACGUGUGGUCACAUGACGUGACGCUAGCCAAUCACAUGGAGUCGGGAGGACUCCCGGGACGUGUGCACAUCACCGAAGCCACUCUGAAGCACUUGAACAAGGCCUACGAGGUGGAGGAGGGCGACGGGCAACUCCGCGAUCAAUACCUCAAGGAGCUCAAUGUCAGAACCUACCUCGUUAUUGACCCUCGGUCCAAAGAUCCGACGCACAGCGGCCGGAGUGUCCCCAAGCCUCGGGUGAAUGACGGUCUGAAAAUGCGAGCGUCCGUACGCAUGACCCGCUACCUGGAAUCCUGGGGGGCCGUCAAGCCCUUUGCCCACCUGCAAAGUCGAGAUGGCUUUGCGACGGACCCCCUAGGCAACGGAAAGGCACUCUGCAAGGAUAUCCCCCUGCGAACAACAACUAGCUCCAAGAUCACUGAGAGCCUUGAUGAGUCACUAGAAGAGCGGUUUUCCUUGUCCACGCCCUCGUUCAGCACCUAUAAGAACAAGUCACAGAAGAGUCGCUUUGAUGAGGAGCUUCACAAUGAAAUGACCACCACCAUAGAUGAACUGGGUAGCAAGCAAUGGUACAAGUCUGAGGAGAGUGGCAGUUUAGCCAUUUGGUUCCCGAAAAAAGACCUGGAAAAACAGUACCGUGCCCUGGAUUUGCCCAUGUUCAAGCACUACGUGGGCUGCGCCGCCGUCAUCUUCCUGUGCAUCUUUUCCAUCCAGAUGUUAGUCACCAGGGAGCGGCGGAUCCUCGGAGUCACGUUUGCUGCAUUGGCGUGCGUCCUGAUGCUGACUUUGGCCAUCUGUUUUGCAUCUCACAUACAGCAUAUGUUUCCGGAGAAGCUGUCGGGCUGCCAGUGGCUGGCAUCGGUGUCUGAAGCAGUUGUGAAGAAGCCAUGCGUGCGCCUCCCCUUGGCCGCCCUCACCAUCGCUGUCAUCAUUCUCUUGGCCGUCUUCAACCUGUGCUUCAUCCAAGUCCAUUGUCCAGAAUGUUGCAGUGGUGACGUCGCUCAUGUAAAUGAUUCCCAGCAACUGGAAAUACAGGGAGGACUCUUCUAUCUGCCUUACUCUGUGUACUGCUGCAUCCUGUCGCUGAUGGCUUGCGGCGUCUUCCUGCGGGUCAGCUUGGAGCUCAAAGUGCUCUUCGUCACCCUGGCGUCCAGCGCGUACUACAUCAUCAUCCUCAGCACCAACAGUCGGCUCUUUGUGGGCUACGCCAACGUCCUCCACGCUCAGAUUACCGGAGCGGUCAACUGCAGCAGCCUCACGGAUGAGUCAUUGGUGAGACUGGUGGGCCUGGUCAAGCACCCCCAAGUGAUGAGCUGCAUCUACAUCACCUUGUUCCUGGUCACCAUGCUCAUCAUCUCACAGCAGAAUGAGUCCUGCUUCCGCCAGGAUUUUCUACUUAAGUACAAGAACCACACAGAGCAGGAUGAGAUCGAGACCCGGGAGAACCUCAACCGGCUGCUGUUGGAGAAUGUGCUGCCUGCCCAUGUGGCCUCGCUUUUUGUGGGCGAGAACAAGAAAAAUGAGGAUCUCUACUACAAGUCAUACGGCUGCGUGUGCGUGAUGUUUGCCUCGGUGCCCGACUUCAAGGAGUUCUACACCGAGUGCGACAUCAACAAGGAGGGCCUAGAGUGCCUGCGGCUCCUCAAUGAGAUCAUCGCAGACUUUGACGAGCUUCUGUCAAAGCCCAAGUUCAGCGGAGUGGAGAAGAUCAAAACCAUCGGCAGCACGUACAUGGCAGCGGCCGGACUCAGCGGGACGCUCGGGCAAGAAAACAAUCAGGACAAGGAGCGUCAGCAGGCGCAAAUCGGCAUCAUGGUGGAGUUUGCCGUUGCGCUCGUCGGCAAGUUGGACGGCAUCAACCGUCAUUCCUUCAACAGCUUUCGGCUGCGUGUAGGUAUUAACCACGGUCCCGUCAUCGCCGGUGUGAUCGGCGCUAGGAAGCCUCAGUACGACAUCUGGGGUAACACUGUCAACGUGGCUAGCAGAAUGGAGAGUACCGGAGAGCUGGGAAAGAUACAAGUGACGGAGGAAACGUCAGACGUGUUGCACAAGUUGGGCUACUCGUGCGAUUGCCGUGGCUUGAUCAACGUGAAAGGCAAAGGGGAGCUCAAAACCUUUUUCGUAUGCACGGACACGAGCAAGCAGCAAGGCUUGGGCCUCAGCUGAGGCUAAAACAGCAUGCUGGGAAAACGCAACGCUCGCUAGUUUGUGUUUACACAUCCGACGAGGAAGGACUGUAAUACAGCCAUGGUCCUACAGGGGCGCUGCAAAUCAAGGAAUUGCAGCGCACUGGAUGCAAUCAUGACGGAUUUUGGUAUGAAUUUUAAUGGACAAAAUACCUGGAAAAACUUUUCAAACAAAAUUGAGACCAUGUGUUAAAACAUCACAGCUUCGUCAUUGAUUUUGUCGUGGACUGUCAUGAUGAAUAUCCUUGCUGGAUUUAUGGAUUCUCAUAUUUCCCAUCUUUUCAUUCCUCAAUGGGGUUUGUGUCCAGAACUGUUUUUCAUUAACACUCCACAAAAUAAUGGAGCUAAAACAGAGGGUGUACAGAACUGUUUUUGAUUAUCACUCCACAAAAUAAUGGAGCUAAAAGAGGGUUCUUUUAUGAGUUUGUUUAGGUGAAUUCCCCAAACAUGCUCCGCCCACUUUACACGAGAAGAGGAACUAAUAGGGGAAAACCACCUGGAAAUUUUGUACUUUAAUGACCCUUAUGGAAAAUGUAACGUACUAACUUUUUUUUUUUUUUUUAGACAUUUUGUGUCUGAUAACAUAACAGUGGAUUCUGUUUGUGGAUCAUUUUGUUGGCUUUGUUACUGUGUAAUAAGCAGUGUGAUUCAGUAGGGGCCAUGUUUGUGUGUUUUUAACUAGCUAGCUGCCAUUGACGGUGAAAGAUGUCCAAUCCAUGCUUGCAGCCAGCCCUCGCAGUUCAAAUGGAUCGGAUGUCAGUCACCGCCAAUGGCAGCUAUGGGAAAAUCUAUUGCUGUCUUUUUUUUGAGCCAAACUGACUCUUGAGUAUUCAUCUCUUGGCCUUACUCAGUCUUGUCUGUAUGUGCAUAUUAUGAUUAAUACUGUCAUAUGUACAUUUGGCUGUUUCUUGAGUGUGAACAAAAUAAAUUAUUCACAGUAUGGUUUGUUAAUUACAAAAGUUUAUUGAAUGUCAAUGAUUUUUGUACAAAAAUGUUCUUAAACUGCUGUGAUGGGUGGUGGCUCCGGAUAACUGGGUGUGGUGUCCAUGGGUUCUCCCAUCUCAUGCACUGAAAGAUAACAAAGUCUCAAGCAUGUUUUAUUUUGUCAAAUUUCACUCUUUAUGAAUUAGAA